AUAAAUACUCCUAAUCUUAAACAUUUUUUCAUAUCUCUUCUCCAAUUCUUCCUAAAUCCUAUUCUUAACUCUCUAAUUCUCCAUUCUCCAAUAUAUUAUAUUUAUUAUUUAUAGUUUAUAUUAAUUAACUACUUAUAUAAACUAUAAAUAGAUAUAAAUAGUAUUAUAUUACUUUUAUUUGUUAUCUAAUUAUAUAUUACUUAUAUAUUUAUUAUAUCUAUUAAUAUAGUUGGAAUUAUAUCUAAUUAAUUUGAAGUCAUUCUAUUACUCCCAUCCGAAAGACCGAAAGUCCGAAAGAGAUGGAUCGUCCUAGAUAUUCGGUUGAUAUGGGUAACCUCGAGCGCAACCGAACGAAAGAGCUUGCGAGGAAGAGAUCCCGCAAAGGUAAAUCACAUAUCAGCUCUUCAUCUCAAAGUCGAGAUGAUUUUGAUAUGGGUUACGUAAGGAGGGAUGAGGAUGCGAUGACCGACGAACAACUAGAACAAGAAUUGCACCGACAUAAUUCCCGCUUUUUUCAAGACCAACCGAGGACUAUUGACGAAGAAGAGCUCGAGGACGAGGACGACGAUGUGGAGGAAGUAAUUCCGGAGAGCCACGACGACGAGGAGGAGGAGGGUGGCGGCAGCCAUGACGCCGACCAACCUGCCUCAUCCCAAACAGGUACAAAAAAAAGUAAAUCUGAACUAAUGGCUAAUAAUCUUUCUAAGUGGAAGGGCCCGAACACCUGGAAUUGGAUCGCAACUUGCAAUUGGUGCAAGAAAAACUACAGCUUGGGGAUAUCCGGCGGAUACGGAUUCGCCACAAGACACCUUAAGUCCAAACACCCGGUGGAGUAUGCAAAAUUAGGCGGCAGAACGGGGAAGCAAACGCAAAUAUCGAGGUUUGCAAAUAACCAACAAGCUUUUGGUAAUUUCUCAUACAAUGAUGCACAAAAUUUGACAGUUAUGACUAACUUACUUGUUGAAGAAAAUUUGCCUUAUUUGUUUUCUGAAAGUCUUGCUUUUCGUGAUUAUGCACAAACUUGUUUAAAUCCGCAAUAUAGAUGUUAUAGUCGCAAAACGGUUAAGAAAGAAAUUUCAAGGCUUUAUGGUGCGGAAAAGGUAUGGUUACAAAAUUAUUUUGCAAACUUUGAUGGACGUGUUACUGUAUGUUCUGACAUAUGGGAGGAUACUUAUCAUAAUUUACAUUAUUUAGGUCUGACUGUACAUUAUAUUGAUAAUGAUUGGCAUAUGCAUAAACGUGUUCUUGAUUUCCGUGAAUUUAAUGAUCGUCACACCGCUGAACAUAUUUAUAUUUUGAUUGAGCGUAUUUUAAUUGAGUAUAAUUUAAUUGAUAAGGUGUUUGCUAUUGGUUUUGAUAAUGCUACUAAUAAUACUGCUGAUAUUCCUAGAUUGUGUGAAUUGUGUGGUUCUACUUCUUUGAUGGGUAGAUUUUUUCAUCAACGAUGUGCAUGUCAUGUUCUAAAUUUAUGUGUGCAAGAUGGUCUAAAAGCGUUGGGAGCAUCGUUGGAGGUAGUCAAGGGGGGGAUUAGACGUAUUUGGGGUAAUUGACAACUUAGGAAAAAAUGGCAUGAUUAUUUGAUAGAAAGAGGUGAGAGAUAUGUGGCCUUUCCUAAAGAUUUGUCUAUUCGUUGGAAUAGUACCUAUAAGUUAAUUGGAGUUCUUCUUAGAUAUAAACAACAUUUUCCUGCUUUUAUGAAACAAUAUGAUAACUAUAUUAUAAACUCGGCUGAGAUCGACACCUGUGAAAAAAUUUGUAAUACUUUGAUAUAUUUUAAUAAUGCAACUGAAACAUUUAGUCAUGUUUAUAAACCUACCUCAAACCAAUUUAUUCGUGAAGCUGUUAAUCUCGCCGGUGCUUUUUCAAAUUUUGAGAAUGCUGAUUAUGUGAGUUAUUUUGCUAGUUUUAUGAAGGAAAAGUUUUUAAAAUAUUAUUCACAUAUUCCGCAUAUUUAUGGUAUUGCAUUUGUUCUCGAUCCUCGUUUUAGACUUGGUUCUUUAGAAGAAUGUUUGAAUUAUUAUUAUGCUGCUUUUUUUGGUCCAUUGCCAAUGUAUGAGGACAACCCAAUUGAUCCGAAAAAAGAAUACAACGAGGUUAGUGAUAUAUUUUAUGCAUUAUUCAAUGAGUUUCAUGCACAAUAUGGCAAUGCGCCCUCUCCCCCGACACAAACAUCAUCUAAAGGAAAAUCAAUUUUCAAAUCUACGUUUGCCAAUCUUAUUAAAAAACCGAAAUCAACUCCCGCUACACAACAAAGCACAAUUAAUGAGAUUUCUUUGUAUUUAACUUAUGAUGUUGAUUUUGAAGAAGAUUUUGACGUAUUAAAUUGGUGGAAGGGAAAAGAAAGAAUGUUCCCCGUUUUAGCAAAGAUGGCUAUGCAAGUGCUAUCAAUGCCGGUUUCAACGGUUGCCGUGGAACAAGAAUUUAGUUCGGUCGGCAAUGUCCUAACACAAACCAGAACGAGGUUGAGCGCUGAAUCUCUUGAGAUGCUUAUAUGCUACCACGAUUGGUUGAAAGCAGCCCGUAGAGACGUAGAGCUCAAGAAAUUGACAUCACCCCAUCCCAACACUUUAUGGAUGAAUCUACAACCGAGGGUGGCUCUACCUAUGCCGGA